ACGUGAUUGCAAACAAACGCCCGCUUUUGUAAAGCCUAGCUGCGCAGUGUCCAGUGGAGCUUUGACAUUGCCAACCCACCACUUCCACUGAUGGCCGCCACGCGUGAUCUCGGACGCCGGGCUCUGCACCGAAUGACCGACUCGGUCCGCGGCGUCAAUUGGCGCCCGACGCUAUUCGCCGACGAACUGACGUUGAAUCGUUACGCCUGCUGCGUCUGCUACGUUCUUCCAAGCACAACGUUCGUGCUUCCCUGUUCGCAUGGCUUGUGCGGGCAGUGCCAUGCUGGCUGUGUCGUCGAAGAGGGCGGAAGCGUCUGUCCCUUGGACGGAGAGCCCUUCUACGAGGCCGAGUGUCAAGAGUUGCAGCUGCCGGCUAGGAAGAAGCAGGGCCUUAAGGCCUAUUGCUGGAAUAAGCCCUACGGCUGCAAAUUUGUCGGCCCCCUGGCGGCGCUCCUGGAACACUACGAGGAAGACUGCACUUUCCACGUGUCCCCUUGUGAACAGUGCGGCGAGAAUAUUAUGAAUUACAUGCUAGCUGCCCACUACAUCGGUCGGUGCAGCAACAGAUUGUCAGAUGCGGCACCCGACGAGCCUGCGCCACGGAGCGACUCCUCCAUCACUAGCGAUGACAUCGCUGCGGUUCGGCGAGAAACCGACGAGCUAUUGCUAAGCAUGCAAGAGGAGGAGAGGAUCACCGCGCUUCAGAUGUCGAUCGACAAACUCGCGACAGUGGCCGCAAACAUAGACGCUCAGCUCGACGAAACAGAGGAGCAGCUUGAGAAGCUGGAAAUGAAAAGUUAGAUGCUAGCCCUGUGACUAUGCAUGACGUGGCGCCAGUCGCCGAUACAUUUUCUAUGACAACCGGCUAUGCCUCGCAGCUGCAACAGCACAUGCUUAUUUCGCUAUUAGAAUAAAGUUCCAGGCCAAUAGAAGGUGA